UCAUUGCAAUUUCUAUGUCCUUUCUCUGAACUUCAAUUCCAAACUUGCAGAGAAAGAUACACUAAAGGAAAAACAAAAGUAAAAGAGGGGAUGUUGGGAGUGUUCAGUAGCUCAGUGGUGUCACCACCAGAGGAGCUGGUGGCUGCUGGAAGUCGGACUCCGUCGCCAAAGACGAAGGCGACGGAGCUCGUCAGCCGCUUCAUGGCUGGAAAUACGUGCGCUUUUUCCGCGCAGGUUGGGGAUGACGCUCAAUUAGCGUUUUGUCAUCAAGGGGAAUCUCUUCUCCGGCCUAGAUCAUUUGCUGCAAAAGAUGAGAUAUUCUGCUUGUUUGAAGGAGCACUUCACAACCUGGGUAGUCUAAACCAACAUUAUGGAUUGGCAAAGACGGCCAAUGAAUCAGUUUUAGUCAUCGAAGCUUACAAGGCACUUCGUGAUCGAGCACCACAUCCAACAAACCACGUUAUCAGCCACCUCGACGGAGAUUUCUCCUUCAUUGUUUUUGACAAGUCUACUUCUACCUUAUUUGUGGCAUCGGAUCAAUUUGGCAAAGUCCCACUAUACUGGGGAAUCACCAGUGAUGGAUAUGUCGCCUUCGCUGACGAUGCAAACUUGCUUAAAGGUUCUUGUGGCAAGUCUCUUGCCUCUUUCCCACAAGGGUGUUUCUUCUCAACUGCCAUAGGAGAACUAAGGAGCUAUGAGAAUCCUAAGAACAAGAUAACUGCUAUUCCUGCCACUGAUGAGGAGAUGUGGGGUGCUACAUUCCAGGUGGAAGGGCCAGUCGUUUUAGCAGCCACAAAGUAGGUUGUGAUUCCAUUUAAGACAGUCCUUCAUAAUCACAUCAAUCAAUGUAUCGUCAAAGAUUUGUAUCGACAAUGUGUGAAGGAUAUAUUCGCAGGGAUGCCAUGUACAUAGUUAUGAUCAGAGUGGAUCAAAGUUUAUUUGAGUUGUAAUAUGUGGUAUUCAUGUUUACUCCAUCAUAUUGCUUUUCUGUCUAGGGUAGCACUUUCCUCUUUGUUUUUUUUUUCUGGGUUUAGAGCAGUACUUGGUAAGAUUAAAUCAUCGGUGUCCCAUGCUUCGCUGUACACUAUUCCUUAAUUACUGUGGAUAGCUUCUUCUACUGUACUACUACCUGUGAUUCUAAUAAAUUUGGAAAUAAAAUUUGGUUGCCAUCA